CCCCGAGCCAGGAGGCGUCCGCUCUGCACUUCACUGCUCCGACAGCCCCAGCUCCAGGAAGCCGAAACGUUGGGCUGGGUGAGCUGCUCCCCGCCAGCGGCGGGUCCUUAGCCAGGCCGCGCGCGGCAGGGGCGAGAAGCCUUGGUCAGCUUCGGCGAUGCGGCGAGGGCCGGGCGCAAGGCGGACCCCGCAGCACUGAAGGCCCGGCCAGGGCGGCCGCACUGGCCACCGACUCCCCGCGUCCUAUUUCCGGAUUUCAAAACCGGUUUCCGGGAGUCGGGAUGGCGUCCCCAUGACAACCGCCGUUGGCCCUUUGAGGCCCUCACCAAAGAAUAAAGGGAACAACUGAUUUAGAGGGACAGAACGCCUCUGCCUCUGGGCGGGUCGAGAAGCAGGAGCAGUUUCCCAGGGAGCUGUGGAAUGUGCCCUUGGGGCCCAAGAAAGCAGAAGGAAGAUGCUACAGACCAGCAACUACAGCCUGGUGCUCUCCCUGCAGUUCCUGCUGCUGUCCUAUGACCUCUUUGUCAAUUCCUUCUCAGAGUUGCUCCGCACAGCCCCUGUCAUCCAGCUGGUGCUCUUCAUCAUCCAGGAUAUUGCUGUCCUCUUCAACAUCAUCAUCAUUUUCCUCAUGUUCUUCAACACCUUCGUCUUCCAGGCGGGCCUGGUCAACCUCCUGUUCCGUAAAUUCAAAGGGACCAUCAUCCUGACAGCUGUCUACUUCGCCCUCAGCAUCUCCUUUCAUGUCUGGGUCAUGAACCUACGCUGGAAAAGCUCCAACAGCUUUGUUUGGACAGAUGGACUCCAAACGUUAUUCGUAUUCCAGCGACUAGCGGCCGUGCUGUACUACUACUUCUACAAACGCACCGCCGUGAGACUGGGCGAUCCUCGCUUCUACCAGGAUUCCCUGUGGUUGCGCAAGGAGUUCAUGCAAGUCCGAAGGUGACCUCCUCCUGUUGCUUUGAUGGAUUCCCUUCCCUCCUGAAGAAGGGUUGGCCCAGGAAACAGCUCAGGCCAAAGGACUUCUUGCUGAUUAAAGUAUUCCCCAACAGACCUGUACAUAAUCCCUUUCCUGCCUCCUACUUUAGUUCUGCCCUCCUUCCUGCUCUGUCCCAUUCACCCUUUCGGACCCCUUAGCCUCAGUUCAGCUUCCUCUGUAGGCUCUGUGGCCCUUGCUUUCCCUUGUGAAUCUUUUGCCCUAACCUGGGAGAGAAGGACCUCUCAGGCCCCACUUCCCUAGUGGCACCCGGAACUGACGGAAGGGUGCAAAGAGGGAUUAUUUUGUGUUCCUGGAUGAUCAUAUGAUCAAGCUUAGACUUUAUACCCAAGACUCUUUGUUUACA